UUGAUCAACACGUGAUUCAAAGUGAAAGGCCAAGUGUAUCAAUUGCCUUGAGUUCCAAAUAUAUUUUGGCUGUGAUCCAGAGUGCACUGCAAUCUGUAACAAGUUGAUAUGUGUUGAUAUUAUUUCUACAGUACAACACACAUACUCAUUACUCUGCAAUUGAAUUUAUUUUUUUUCAUUUUGACUAUUUUAAUGUACAUUUAAAUCUUCUGGUAUUUUAAAUAUUAUUGAUCAUGAAAAUUGAUCUAUUUUGCUUGUACAAAAAUAUUAAAUACAUUAAAAAUUGCAAAUAUUAUGGAACUUUAAUUAAACGACGUAAUUUUUCUACUUGUCAGUGGAAAUUUAACAACACAGUCAGCCAUUUUUCGAAUAAAAAUAAUGAUGAUUAUUAUUGGCCAAAUACUGAUAGUACAAUUUGGAUGAGAUCAUGUGAAAAUGAAACAAUUAAACCAAUCAGUGGUAAAAUAACUGGUAAAAUUCCAAAUUGGAUAAAAGGAAGUUUAUUAAGAAAUGGUCCAGGUUGUCUUAAAGUUGGUGAUUAUACAUUUGAACAUUUAUUUGAUAGUUCAGCUCUAUUACACAGAUUUCAUAUUAAUAAUGGAAAAAUAACAUAUCAAAAUCGUUUUAUACAAACAAAUGUUUAUAAAAAAAAUAAACAAGCACAGAGAAUUGUUUUAACUGAAUUUGGUACAAGAUCAGUACCUGAUCCUUGUCAAACAAUAUUUAAACGUGUAAGUGCAAUAUUUGAUCCAGAAGAAAAUAUGACUGAUAAUUCAAUGAUAUCAAUUUAUCCAUUUGGUGAUGAUUAUUAUACAUUUAAUGAGACACCAUUUGCUCAUAGAAUAUCACCAGAAACAUUGGAGACUAAAGACAGGGUUUAUUUGACUGAUCAUGUUAAUAUUGUUAAUCAUACGUCUCAUCCUCAUGUUAUGCCUGAUGGUGGUGUAUAUAAUAUUGGCAUGGGUUACAAUAAAUCUGGACCAGUUUAUACUAUUGUACAUUUUCCAAAUAUUGAUAAUAAUAGUAAAACAAUGUUUGAUAAUGCUAAAAUAAUAUCAAAAAUACCAGCAAGGUGGAAAUUAAAUCCGGCGUACAUGCACACGUUUGGUAUAACUGAUAAUUUUUUUAUUAUUAUUGAACAACCAUUGGCUAUUUCGUUGAUCAAUAUGCUUGGUGCACAAUUGAAAAAUAAACCACUUGCAACUUGUUUGAAAUGGCAUGAUGAUGAAAAUACACUUUUUCAUAUAAUUUCUCGUAAAAAUGGAAAAAUUGUUAAGACAUUUACAGCUGAGGCAUUUUUUUUUUUCCACAUUAUAAACCAAUAUGAAUCUAAAAACAGUGAUAAAAUAACAAUAGACAUUUGUUGUUAUCGUGAUGCAAAUAUGCUUGAUUGUAUGUACGUUGAUGCAAUGAAAAAUAUGCAUAAAAAUCCAAAUUAUGCACAGCUAUUUCGAGGAAGACCAUUGAGAUUUAUAUUACCAAUGAAUAAUAAAUUUACAACUGAUAAAGAAAUAAAUACAGAUAAUGUAUUUAAAAAAAAAUCAAGUGCACAUAAACUUGAUAAUGGUAGUGUAUUUAUCAAGCCAGAAUUAUUAUGUAAUUUAGGAUGUGAAACACCAAGAUAUAAUCAAACCUAUUUGGGCAAAAAAUAUAGAUAUUUUUAUGCAAUUUCAACAGAUGUUGAUGUUGAAAAUCCAGGAGCAGUAAUUAAAGUUGAUACUAAAACUAAAAAACGUAAAAUAUUUUAUGAAAAAAAUUUAUAUCCAAGUGAGCCAAUAUUUGUACCAAGACCUGAUGCCAAGGAUGAAGAUGAUGGUGUUAUAUUAUGUGCUGGUGUAUUUGGUCAGGAACAAGAGACUGAUGUUUGUUUGUUGAUACUUGAUGCUAAAAAUCUUGAUGAAGUUGGACGAUCAACAUUCUCAACACCAGGACCAAUUCCAAAGUGUCUUCAUGGUUGGUUUGCCCCAGAUAAAAUUUCCACUGAUACCAAAUAAUUAAACAACACAACAAUAAUCAUAAUUUAAAUUUUCUACUUGUUUUUAAUAAGUUAUUUUUUGUCUUUUUGGUAUUUAUGAUACAAUUUAUUUACAAAUGACAUUAUUGGGAUAAUUAAAUUUAUAAAAAUGAGUCAAUGUCAUUGCCAAUGACACUCAGUCAAUAAUCAAAUUAAAUAAAACCAUUUAAAAAAAAAAAAAAACAAUCUAUCUUGCAUACAUGGAUGGAAUGUUAUAAUAUUUUUUAAGGAAGACUCAUUUUUAAUAAUAAUAAAACAAAAAUUAUUUGUGACAUAAUUUGAAAAUACUUAAAUAAAAGAUUUUUAAAAUUAUGAUAAUUAAAAUUUUUUAAAUUCAUCGCUAAUUGACAACAACAGUAUCAAAUUUUGGCAUAUUUUUUUUUUUGUCACAAUCACAAUUGAAAUAUAGACACAUGCUCCAGAGAUGUAAAUUAUUUUCCUUUUACAAUAAUAAAAUAAUUGUAGCUUAAAAAUUUAAAUAAAGACAAAAAAAAAUAUAUAUAUAAAUUAAA